UAUGUUUUUUAUUCUCUCAAGAUAGUGAUCCUUGAGAGACCUUAUAUUAAAAAAAUACAUGUAUUCAUCAUUUUCCCUAAACAGAACCAAAUCCUAAAUAAAAACGUGGCUUAUUAAUUUGUCCCUAGAACACCAUGAUGAAGAGGCUAGGGAAUAUGGAUUACAACCAGAAACGGGAGAGAUGUGGGCAAUACAUGGAAGCUCUUGAAGAAGAACGUCGCAAGAUUCAUGUCUUCCAACGUGAACUCCCUCUUUGCUUAGAUCUUGUAACCCAAGCAAUCGAGGCAUGUAAAAGAGAGUUACCAGAGAUGGCGAUAGACAAUCUAUACGGACAAUCAGAGUGCUCCGAGCAGACAACCGGAGAAUGUAGACCUGUAGUUUUGGAGCAAUUUUUAACUAUUAAAGAUUUAUCGACCUCCAAUGAAGAAGAAGAAAAAGAUGAAGAAUUUGACGAUGAACACGGAACUCAUGAUCCGGACAAUGAUUCCGAGGACAAGAACAUGAAAUCAGAUUGGCUUAAGUCUGUUCAGCUCUGGAACCAACCCGACCCUCUUCUUCCCAAAGAGGAACGGUUGCAACCGAAGAUGAUUGAGACGGUGGUGAAGAUAGAUGAAAGUAUGAGAAAAGAUUUGAUGGUUAAUGGUGGCGGCGAAGGAAGGAGGAAAGAGGCGGACAAAGACGGAGGAAGAAAGCAAAGAAGGUGUUGGUCGUCGCAGUUGCAUAGACGCUUCUUGAACGCUCUUCAACACCUAGGUGGACCUCAUGUAGCUACUCCAAAACAAAUCAGGGAGUUCAUGAAGGUUGAUGGAUUAACAAAUGAUGAAGUUAAAAGCCAUUUACAGAAAUAUAGACUACAUACAAGAAGGCCAAGCCAAACAAUCCCUAACAACAGAAACUCUCAAACACAACAUUUCGUAGUCGUGGGAGGUUUAUGGGGCCCACAAUCUGACUACUCUACGGGCAAGACCACCGGAGGAGCCACCAAUAGCAGCACUACCACCACGACAGGAAUCUAUGGAGCAAUGGCUGCACCACCACUGCCACAAUGGCCGAGCCACUCCAACUUUACACAGUCGAUUAUUGUCGAAGAAGGAUCAGAAAGCCAUGGCGAAGAGGUGGUGGUCCGAUGUAGCUCGCCGGCGAUGUCUUCUUCUACUCGCAAUCAUUACGUGAAGAAAAACUAAUGUGUUUCUACUCUCUCUAAUGUUUUUGUUCAUUUUAUUAUACUAUUAUUUUGUUUUGUUCUGUCCAAGUUAGAUCAAAAUGAUAACCGUGAUGAAUUGAGUGUAUAGAGUUUUGCACCGAAACAAAUACUAAAUAUUUACUCAGGAUAAAUGCCAUUUUUAUUUUGAGUUUUCGCAUCUUCUUGUGCUUUUAUAUAUAUAUAUAUAUAUAUUCGU